AUGCAUGAGGAAUUCAAUGCUUUUCAAGCACAAGGUACCUGGUCCCUAGUACCUCGACUUCCAUCUAUGAAUGUUGUUGGUUAUAAAUGGGUUUUUCGAAUAAAAUAUAAUCCCGAUGGCACUAUUGUUCGUCACAAGGCGCGACUGGUUGUUAAAGGUUAUCAUCAGGUACAAGGUUUUGAUUUUGAUGAAACAUUUAGUCCUGUUGUUAAGAAACCUACCAUACACAUCAUUCUUGCUCUUGCUGCUCAAUACAAUUGGUCCUUAACCCAGUUAGAUGUCAAAAAUGCCUUUCUUCAUGCUGAUCCCUCAUUAUUCAUUCGAUCAGUCGGAUCCUCUCUUACUUACUUACUUUUGUAUGUAGAUGACAUCAUUGUCACUGAACCUGACUAUUUAUACAUUUCUGUUCUUAAAAACCAAUUGGCCCUGGAAUUCAAAAUAUCCGACCUUGAUCCUUUAAAGUACUUUCUUGGUCUCGAAAUCCAAUCAUCCAUUGAUGGCAUAUUUGUUAACCAAGCUAAAUAUCUCAAUGAUCUCCUCCACACAUCGGGAAUGACCUCUGUCAAAUCUUGUAUCACACCAAUGUCUACUUCUUUUGAUCUUUAUACAAUUGCACCACCAUUUAAUGAUCCAUCACUUUAUCGUAGACUAGUUGGUUCCUUGCAAUAUCUUACCUUCACUCGUCCUGAUAUUGCAUUCUCUGUAAAUCGUGUUAGUCAGUUCAUGCAUAAACCAACUAUCAUUCACUUUUCAGCCGUCAAACGCAUCCUCAGAUAUCUCCGUGGUACUCUAACCUUUGGAAUAAAAUUUCGAAAAGGUUCGUUUUCUCUACAAACCUUUUGUGAUUCUGAUUGGGCAGGUGAUACAUCUGAUCGACGUUCCACCUCCAGCUUCAUCGCCUUUCUCGAUUCUAAUCCAAUAUCUUGGUCUUCUAAAAAGCAAUCUACCGUCUCUCGUUCCUCCACAGAAGCAUAA